AUGGGUUCUCAAGAAACUAUUCCAGACGAUACAUUGUAUCCGAAAUAUCAAAGCAGUCUGUUAUUUAGAGAUAAUAUCGAUUAUCCAGCUUCAGGGCUAGCAGAACUAGCACAAGCAAGCAAGCAGUCCAAUGAUAAGAAAAGCGAGGAACAGCCUGGUGAAUGCACCUCGCACGAGACAAAAAAAGGAGUCUGCUACACUAAUGCUGGGUACAAACCUGAGGAGAGUGGUACCGAAAUAGCAGGUCUCUUUGACGAGCUGAAAGACGUAGAUAAGCAGAUGAGACAUUUACAAGAUAAGAAAGAGAUAUUGGUAUCUUGUCUCCAAGAAGCAUUCAAACGAACUACUCAGAAUACUUUGCAUAUAAGCGGCAAACUCGUUAGAUGGGCGGAUAGUACCGGCACCUCCAGCCUUAAUGACGAUACAUGUCGACCUAGGAAAAAAGCACGUAGGAGUUCAUAA